ACAACGCACAGGUUUUCCAUCAUGGCUGCGCCCGUCGCUCACCCUGCGCUGUCCUCCUUAUUUAGAAUAAACUGUAAUAUUAACCGAAUAUAUCAUUUAUUUUCAUUCAGGAGGAGAAUAUCUAUCUACAAUGUCCUGUCAACAAGUGGUGUGGCCACUGAAAGAGACGCUAUUGGCAGAGGUGUUCGGGGCCAGCGCAAAUCAAAGAGACAGUCCGGGGAGCCCAGGACAGAGCAGAUGUCCGUGGGUCAGGACUGGACCGCAGUUUACCCCACUGCAGCGUCAUUCAAUCCUUCGGCAGUUCCACUGCCAGUGCGGAUGGGUUAUCCGGUGAAGAGAGGUGUACCACUUGAGAAGAGGGGCAAUCUGGAACUGAUCAAGAUUCCAAACUUUUUACACUUAACCCCAUUAGCCAUUAAGAAGCACUGCAAGGCCCUCAAACCAUUCUGUACGGAGUGGCCGUCUGCUUUGGACUCUGAUGAUAAAUGCACGGAGAAUUUCCCAAUCCAGGUUCAGAGUAAAGAAUUUGUAUCUGCAGGACUUUCACUGCGAAACCCAGAUGCCCGAAUAGUAACGCUCAAGGUGAAACUUUCCAGUUUAAAUCUGGAUGAUCACGCCAGAAAGAAGUUAAUCAGACUUAGCGGAGAACGUUACUGCAAAGAGACAGACACACUCACCAUCACCACAGACAGUUGCCCGUUGAGACAGCAAAAUUGUGAUUACGCCAUGUACCUUCUAACAGUCCUUUACCACGAGUCCUGGAAAACCGAGCCAUGGGAGCAAGAAAAGACACGUGCUGACAUGGAAGAGUACGAGUGGGAAGACAGCCCGUCCCAGAAGAACGUUCUGGAAACCCUCAUGCGCAUGCGGCCACUCGGAGCGAAUGAUGAGGUGGAGGGGGGAACCAGAGAGGAGCUACUCGGACAGCCAGCCGUACAGGAGUACAAAAACAUGGUGGUCAAGCUGAAGAAUGAGGGGGAAACGGAGGACAAUCUACAGCGGUACAAAGAGGCUGUGAAAAAGCUUCUUAAUAUCUGAGGAACGCUGAAGACAUGUAAUAAACCAGGAGCCCCAUUAUAAUUGUACAAUUUCAAAUAAAAAAUAAUGCAUUGUGGUUCUAUUAUGAAGCGAUAAUGCUGGUUUUCUUUUUCAAAUUAUUUCUUUUUGGUAUGUCAUCUAACUAAAAAAAUAUGAAAAUAAUACAAAUGAAAUACAUGUAAAGGAAAAUAAGGUAACUAGUUAGUGACGGUUGGCCACUUUGCACUCAUGUUAUUCAAUAAAGUCUAUCACAAACUUUAGGCUUCUCCAUUUAAAGCAAUAUUUCACCCCAAUGAAAUUGAUUUCAACCAUUAUGUCAUUCCAAGCAGGAAACCGAUGGAGUGCGUACUCCAGGUAGGGAAGGAGGUAUUGCCCCAAGUGAAGGAGUUCAAGUACCUCGGGGUCUUGUUCACGAGUGAGGGGACAAUGGA